CGGGUAGGCUGCUUUGUUUACUGUCAUUCCCUAUCUGAUGCUUUCCCUGCAAUUUUGUCCCUAUUCCGGAAUUUUCGCUCUGCGUAAAGACUGGUCAUUCUGACAAGACGUCUUUAUAAAAUAUUUCACCAACCAAUUUUCAUUCCCAAGUGUUCAGCUGCAACCGAGGCCUGUCCGGAGUCAUCAAGAUAGAGAAAGAUGACGAUGGAGCAUCAGCGAGUUAAAGAAUCUUAAAUGAAAAAGUUUCUUUUCAUGAGAGCUACCGUGGAACCAGAAACUAAGCACCAAAUAUCACUAUUGUGAGGUCUGGAUGCAAUUGUGAAAACCACUGAACAUUUGAAAAUUUUAUUCGUAUCUUGAACAGAUCUUAUAUAAAAAGAUAUAUCAAGAAAGAGAAGAAGAAUUAUUGAAGGGAAGAUGAACUUUUUCCAAUAUUUUAUUUUAAAAUCUUUAUUUUCCUUUGGUUUUUAAGUCAUGAAUAAAGUGAAAACAGAGAAUAACAACGAGACGGUAUCUUGCACUGGUCCUUCUGCUGUGUCAUCUAUAAUUCCGUUUGGAACUUUAUCUCCAGCAAAUUCUACUAAUUCUGGAAUUUUAAGAUCUCCAAGUCACGAGUCGUUUGCCACAGAUCUAUCUCUAAUGUCUCUAUCAAGUUUAGGAUCUGAAAUAAGCCGUAUGCGUGGAUCAGCUUUUCGAUCUAAAAAUCACUCUGGAGGCGAUAGCGCCGAAUCGGGAGAUGAAAGACGUAGCCCUGUUAUCAUGGAUGGAGGCGUUGGUGGGUGGGUUGCCCGUAAAACAAAAGCCCGAAACAAUAAUGUAGGCUUGUUACAAGUACCAUCCGAACAAUACGGAAAACGAGGCGUCACUGAUGAUGUCCUGUAUGAAGAAGAAAAUGAAGCCAUCCGCAAUUGUGGCGCUUUGUCUUCCAUGUUAGGGUUGAUGCGAAGUUUCAGCACUAGUGACUUAGAUCAAAACGUAGUAACGUCUUCCGAGAAGGAAAAUCUGAGAUCUUCGGUAUCUGAAAUGGUUCUCAAUAGCUGGAAGCAUUAUGAUAUGCCAUAUGGUAGAUUAGAGUACACUUCUCGUUCCUGCUCGACAUGGGUUGCUGUUGGUGAUGUGUCCACCACAUCUCAGCUACCAUCACCCCAAACCCUUGCUAAUUAUGCUACUGAGCAUCCAGAAAUAACGGCCAUCGACUUCGUCCGUGCCAUUAACAAAAAAGUUCGCCAGGUAUAUAUCAGAAGACGUCUUGAGUCCACUUAUAAGGCGUUAGAGCGAUUGACCCGGAGUGAACUGAGCUUGGAUUUGCCCUCAAUUGCUGUACCGGUUCCAACAGCAUCUACCAGUGGCGCUCCAGGUUCACUUGAUGAUUCGUCCAAUUAUGCACCUUCAGAUGCUCCAGGUGCUCACACACCAUUACCACAAUUCCACAUCUCCACUGAACUCGGUCGAUCUAUUAGACACGAGCUUCAAAUUUCUGCUGUAGGAUUUCAUGGAGUCAAUAAGACACUCAGCUUAACUGUAAAAGAUAUAGAGCGGGACAAAGGAAAGCCUCUCUCGAAAUACGAAAGAAACAUGAUGAUUUUUAACUGGUUACAGAGCUUGGAUGAAAACGCUUUCGAUCAGUUGGCAUAAAAUUUUCAAAGAUGCGUUUACACUUUAUGGAAAUUCUUUUAAUUUAUUAAAAUUCUUUUAAUUACAUGACACUAUGUUAAUAUAAGUUUGGCAGUAUAUUUUCCUGCUUAUUAAACCAGAACCACCUACCUUAUUCCCACUCUUGUUUCAUUUUCGAAAAAUUUGUUUUUAUCACCAUAGCAUAUAUCCUGGAGAUAAUUAUUUCUAGAUUAUCAAU